AUGGGUCGUCGAGUCAUCUUUGGCGGCUGUCACCCAGUGAAGCAGAAAAAUGGCAACUUUGCGGCUCUCCGACAGCUGUCACUUGACGGAGAGGAGCUAGAUGGAGGUGGGGUGCGUGUUAGGGAGCUUCAUCCUUAGGUCCGUGCAGCAAGAGGAGGCUCUUCAUCACAUUUGGUACGCUCUCCCAGAAAAUCAUCCUCUUCUCAACGACGGCUUGUUCGUCAAUCAAUCAGAGAUGAUUUACUCGAUGGAUUGUAAUCCUUUUAUCAUGAAUUAUUCAACAAUUUUAGUAGCAAUGCUCUGUAAAUCGUGUUGACGAGAUUUUUGCCAAUGAUCUAGUGAUUCUAGUUGCUUAAUCUUUCACCAGUGAUCUAUAAGAAAGUCGUGAUAAUCAGAUAAAAAUAUAUGAAUUUUGAUUCUAAGAGGAUUCAAAACUGCGCCGGUCGCCCACCUCUAAGGAAGGUGUGAUGGGGGUUUAGUCCCACAUUAGUUGUGCACUGAUUUUUUGGGCGAGUAUAUAGUAGCAUUAGCUUUCUAAGCAAAGUCCUUUCUCUCAUGUGUACGACCACCCCUUGCCCCACAACCGGCUAGCCACCGGUGACGUGGAAGGAGAGCGGUGCACACAUACCCCUAUCGGUCCAAGCCAAGUCGCUCGAGCCCCUACUCACAACUACUCCCUGACUACACUUCCAACCUGCUUGCGGGCCCGGCUGGCCAGCAAGUCCCCUCAUUUUGUAAUAUUUUUAUUUUUAUUUCUUGUUCUUCAUUUAUCUCAAAAGUAAGACUAUAAAAAUCAUAUAAAAUCACAUAAUUACCUAAAAAAUUAUGUUAAUCAAUUAAAAACCACUUUUCAUACUUUAACACAAAUAUAAGUCUAUUUAUCAUGAGUUAAGGCUAAAACUAUAUUAUUUACUAAUUAUUAACUCAUGAUAAUGAAGACUUAUCACACCCCCCAACUUAAAUCAUUGCUAGUCCCUUAGCAAUAGAAUUACGAAAAUAAAAUUUAACAAAUCUCAAACAUCAUAUUUCAAUACAAAAGAAAAAAUACAAUUAGAAAUGAUCCACCUUUAAACACUUUAGAUUCUUAUAUCAAGUAUUUAAGAAUGAUGUCAAGUACUUAAAUGUUUAAACACUCCGUGAAAUAACAAUCUAGACUUCAUUUCUUCUAUUCACAUCUUUAUCACUUCUUCACUCAUAGAUGUAUUUACAAGUUGUUUCAAUUAUCAAUACUCAUCUAAGAAUAAUAUUGAUCCUACAUUUCUCUUUUUCUAUGGCUUGAUUUUUGAAGUUUACACUACAUUUCUUCCUUCUUUAUAUAUAUAUAUAUAUAUAUAUAGUGGAUAAGUAGUUUUUCCUAUAGACAAAUUUCGACAAUAAGAAUGAUGUCUCACACCCUCUAUGUGUACUCUUUAUUUUCAAGGCUUUCACUUUAUCCACUUAUUUUUCAGCAAAUGUUUUUUUAUGCACGAUUUUCGAGAAUGAGAAUGAUGUCUCACACCCUCCAUGUGUACUCUUCGUUUCUAGAUUUUUCACAUUGCUCUUUCUUUUUUUUUCGAAAUAAGUGAUUUCUCCUCAUAAGUCCUAUAGAUCAAGGUGUAAAAAUCUCCUUAAACUCAAAUGAUCAAUCAAAUUUUCACAUCAAGUAAAUACUUUCCAUCAAGAUCAUGAAGUGAAAAUCAGUAAAAUCAAAUUCAUGUUAUCUAUCAUGUAUCCAAGGAGUAUUCCAACAUUUCAUGCUACUAGAUCAUUCUUUUAACUCAAUAAUAAUCUUCCUAGUAUCUAUUUGGUAUCAAUCAAUCUAAUUGAUUUAAUUUUUCAUACAUAUAAUAUGAUGUAAGAAAUUUGUAAAUUAGAUAGUUCUGAUAGUUCCGUUUUCUAUUUUCAGUUCUAUUUUUAGCAUAAUAAAUUUGUCAAAAAUAAAUCAAAACUAUCCUCUUUAUAGAUUUAAUUUCGAAUUUCAGUAAUAUAUGUCUAAGGGAUUGAAAUGUGAGAAAAGGGUCUCUAGAAUUUCUAAUUUUGGGCUAUUUUUUGUCUGUUAUUUUUGACAACAUUGCUCCUAAUAGAAAACCAUAAAAUAAAUGUUGCAGUUUUUCUGAAUUUUAUUUUAUUUUUAUUUUUUUAGUUGCUAUUCUAAGUUGAAUAAAAUGCAAACACAUAUUCUUAAUCGUCUUACAAUAUAAAUUACUAAUGAAUACUUCAGCUUCCAACUUAAAAAUGACAUUGUCCUCAAUGACAUAGAAAAAUUGAAACAAAAUAUGCAGAAAAUAUAAUUUUCACGUGAAGCAUGCAUAUAUGCAAAGUUAAGCAUUAAAAAUGUUGUCAUAAAUGAUAAAGCUCCGAAAGACAUCACCUCAACCUCAUUUUUAAUUUUCUACUUUGUCUUACACUCCUCCUCCUGCACUUUUUCAAAAAAACAAAUACAAAAAAAAGUACUACGAAAUUCUAAGAAAAACAGAGCUUAAAAAAAAUCAAACAGAAUGAAAUAAAAACCAUAGGUUGCCUCCCAUGCAGCGCUGUAUUUAAUGUCUCCAGUUGGACAGCUCUUAGAUCAUAUAAGAUGAUCUAUGGCCAUCAAAAUAUAUUUGUAUCCCAAGGUAAGUUUCAUGAUAUUCUUUUUCAGAUUUAGCAUAAAUUCAUAUACUUCAUAUAUAUACCUUGACAUACUUUCAGCCAAAACAAAAUGGAAAUUAACAAAAUUUUCUCAAAAAUAAUAUUUCUAUUUUGAAAAGAAUGUUUUCUUAUUUCUAUCUUGUUUUGUUAGGCUCUCAUUCAUUAAUAAAUACUUUCUAUUAAUAAACCAUAAAAUGUGAUCAGGCCAUAUAAUUUUCAAAUUAGCUCUUGCCCAAUUUAAUUUUUUUAUUUAAAUUGGUAUCUCUAAUUCUUCCACUCACCCAUUUCUUAAUGUCUUCUUUUAUCUGCAUAAUCUACCCUUGCUCCAUUUUAUUUUCCAUACAUAUUUGUUCAAUUUGCGAGGAGUGAAAUAUUUCAAGCUUAGAAAUAAUUCUAAUGGGCUGUGGGUUUUGAAGGAUGGAAGGAUUGUCUUCUUUAAUCUCAGAUCUAAUAAAUUCAGGAAAAUUUAAAUUUUCUCCUCCAAAAUUAUUUCUAUAUUCAUAUCCAUUAUUUUCGUUUCUCCCCAUUAGUUGAAUCAAUUCUUUUUCUAGCUUUUCGUUUCUCAAUUCAUCAAAUUCUUCAUCUUCCCAAGAGCUAUCUUUUAAUUUUGGUAUAUGAUAUACAUCAUCAUCCUCACAAUCAAUAUCUAUGGCUGCAAAAUUAUGAUUAUAUUCAUUAAUUUCGUCUCCUACUUCUCCCAAAUCAACUGAUUUUUUCUCACUUGAAAUAUGUUUUUCUUUAUUUCUAUCCUUACUCCCUUCUACUAAAAUUUAGAUGAUUUUUUUAUGAUCAGUUGCUGUUUCUUCAUCAAGGGUUCUUUCUCCUCAUCAUCCUUGCUAUAUUCAUUCAUCAAUUGUGAGUAAUAAAUGGUUUUAUUCAAAUUUUCUGCUACUAUAUUUUCGGCCUUAAUAUUCUCAUUUACUUCUAAUAGAUCAUCAAUUUCUUCUAAUAAUUAGAAAUAAAGAUCAGGUAAAAUAUUCUCACUCAAUGUAUUCACUGUUCUAACAUUUUCAUUUCGUUGGUUUUUUUCUAAAUUUAUCCAGCUAGACUUUUCUUGUUGAAAUCUUACUGUUGGAUAGUUUCUUGAAUUUUCUAUGGGCUGACUAAGUAGCUGUCCCUCUUCUCUCUUAUUCUGAAGAGCCUUUAAAAUUUAUUUCUGAUGCAGUAUCAUUUGAUUCAUAGUUUGUUCCAUCAUUUGGCUCAUUUGCUACAUCAUUUCUAUAGUAUCAUGUUGGGUUUGAGAGGGCUGAUUUUUCUGAAAUCUAUUUUCUUGUUUUGGACGAAAUUCAAAGUUUGAAUUGGAUCUAAGUGCUUCUAAAUUUUGAAUAUUAUUUGGGUUUCUCCAUGAAAAAUUAUUCUCCCAAUUAGGAUUAUAAGAAUUAGAAAAAUAUUCCCUAUUUUUACUAAAAUCGUGGGGUACUUACACUUGUUCUUACCUAGGAUGAUAUUGAAAUUCGAAAUGAUCAUUUUCACCAUAUGUAGGACGUGUACUAUUUAAAUUAAAUUGAGGGUUAAGAGGCUUUGUAAUAUUGUCAAUAAGUAAAUCAAGUUUUUCUAAUUUUUGAUUAAUCUGAGUAACCUCAUUUCUAAGUUUAGAAUUAUCAUCAUGAUGCAAUUCAUAAAUUUCUCUCUUCAUUUCUUUGUCAUAUAAUUCAAAAGAGGUUUGAUCUCUCGAAUUUUCACUUAAAUUCUCAUAAAGACUGUAAAUCUCAUCAGGGGUUUUCUCCAUAAAAGCUCCUUCACAUAUAGAAUCAACCAUAUUUCUAUGUUGUUCUAAUAAUCCAUCAUAAAAAAUUCUAUUGAGCUGCCACUUGGGUAUAGCAUGAUGAGGACACUUUCUAAGUAAAUCUAUGAAUAUUUUCUAUGUCUCAUGUAAAGUUUCUCCUAGUCUUUGAGAAAAACUCCAUAUAUGUUUUCUCAUAUUUUAAGUUUUCCCUAAGGGAUAAAAUUUUUGAAGAAAGGCCUAUUUUAUGUCUUUUUAGCUAGUUAAUUCUCUAUCUAAUGUGGAUAGCCAAUGGCUAGCUUUGUCCCUAAGUGUAUGAGGAAAUAAUUUCAUCUUAAUAAUUUCUAGUGUAACUUGAGGGAGAUUAACUAAAUCACAGACCAUAUGAAAUUUUUCUAAGUGCUGAUGAGGUUCCUCUAAAGGCAAUCCAUGAAACUUAGAGAGCAUUUGAAAAAUUUCUAGAUUUAUUUCAAAUUUAACAUUAGGUGCUAAUGGGACUCUAAUAUUUGAUGUUCCUUAAAAUGAAUCAGGGAUAUAAUACUUUUUCAUGGUCAUAGGAUUGUUCUCAAUUUGACCUAUACUUCCUUCAAGAUUCAUCAAAAUUUAUCUUUCUUUUGGAUUUUUAUUUUUGAAUGAAAUAAUCAAAAGAUUUUCUAGCCUUGGAUGCAAGGAUCUUCUACCAUGCAUAAAAAAAAUCAAUAAAUUCGAGGGAAAAGUUUAGUAAUUGUUACCUUCCUUCAGUAUGCUCUAGUCCUUGCCUUAUUUCUUUUCAUUCCUUUUUUCUAAAAAAUAAUCAGCAAAAAGAGAGUAAAACAAGAGUUUAUUUUUUUUUGUGUACUCUGACGUGACUCAGUCGUUGUAUGUUAAAUCACGCAAAUAUAAAAUUUAUAAAACUAGAAAAUACGAAUUUUCGGAUAUUUAGAAGUAUUUCAAAAUAAAUAUAUCAAUUAUAAUUCAAUAAAAAUCCAAAAAAUAGUGGUAAUUUUCCAGGUCGAUCACAAGGAUGUAAUAUAAUAUCUGGUAAUUAUUCAGAAUUUUUCUCAAUAAAUACGAUUUUCUUACGAAUUUUAUACUAGGAAAUAAAAAGGAAAUAUAUUUAAAAUUCACGAAAAAAAAAGGAAAUAAGGGUGCGGGCGUCAGGAUGAUGUCAGCGCCCAGCGAACGUGAAUCAGGCAUAAAAAGAGUUCCAUCCGGCGAUUCUUACGUAAGCGAUUAUAGACGACUUAAUUAAUCAAAUUAAGAUCUGUAAAAGCCAAAAGAAUCUUAAUUUAAUGAAGUAUAGUUUGGUAAAUUAAAAUCACAAAAAGUAUCACUAAAUAAAGCGUAAAUUAAAUUGAAAGUAGGAAAACAGAGUUCUGGCGUCGCGACGGCGAUGCGUCGACGAUGCACCGGAAUCUUGAGCGUUCGGGAGGAUCGUCGUGCAGUGUCUACGGCCUCGAAGGCUCUCCUUGGACAAAGACGACGUGGGCAAUCUCUAGAUCUUCUCGCGAAGUCUAGAGAUCAAUGAAGUGGGUCGUCGAAUCGUCUCCGGCGGCUGUCACCCGGUGGAGCGGAAAAACGGCGACUUUGCGGCUCUCCGGCGGCUGUCACCCGACGGAGAGGAGCUGGAUGGAGGUGAGGCGCGUGUUAGGGAGCUUCAUCCUUAGGUCUGCGCAGCAAGAGGAGGCUCUUCAUCGCAUCUGGUACGCUCUCAGGAGGUGGCGACUGGUCUCCCGGCGGAUCGUCCUCUUCCUGACGACGGCUUGUUCGUCGAUCAAUUGGAGAUGA